UUACCGUUGUGAUUUAUUACUGAUGCUGCCUACGUUAUGGUUUCACCGCUCGCCGUCAAGACUUGGAUCGGCUGACUCACCGCGAGUAGCGCCUUGUUUCAAGCGCAGAGUAGAAAUGAAAGCCCUACAAUACCCCUCAACGGUAAACUUUCAUAAAUAAAAAUAUAUGGUCCUGUUUAUUUCUCUAUUCCUUCUUUAAAGGACUCUUCUUCACCACCAUUUCCCCAAAACAAGUAAUUUCAUUUUCAUUACAUUUUUUAAAAUUAUUAUUGUCCUCUAAAGUCAACCAAAUGUCUUAAUAUUUGAUGAUCUGGGAAUCAAUUCGUCGUUGAUUCUGUUUGCACACUUAUUGUCGAUGGAUUUUCUACUUGGAAGAAGAAAUAAAUGAAGAUGGCUGAAACGGAGCGACGGACAAAGAAUCAGUGGCUGAGUUCUGAACCAUCUUCAACAGUCGAAAUCAACGGUCACGAUUUGUUCAUCGCGGAACCAAUGAUAACCCAUAUUAAUGGGAGUGAAUUCUGUGCUCCUCAGCGUCAAAAAGAUAACAAUGCGUGCAAUUUGAAUCUAGGGAUAGGAGAGAAGACUUUCUCUGCUGCCGGUGCCGCCUUUUUAUCCGCCAUUAUCGUUAAUCCUCUCGAUGUUGUCAAGACAAGGUUGCAAGCUCAAGCUGCCGGAGUACCUUAUUCGCAUCCACUAAGUAAUCUUAUUGGUCAAAUGGCAUAUUUUGGACCGAACACGAUGUUUGCGGAUUUAAGAUGCUCACCAUCAUGCACACGUGCUGGAGUCCAUGGUACAGUAGCAAUUUGUCCUCCUGAUUGUUUUCAAUACAAAGGAACAUUAGAUGUCUUCAACAAGAUAAUUCGCCAGGUUGGUGUUGCAAUAACCUUAAGAAAUGUUCUGCAGGAGGGAUUUUCUAGGUUGUGGAGAGGGACUAAUGCAGGCCUGGCCUUGGCUGUACCAACUGUGGGAAUCUAUUUACCUUGCUAUGAUAUAUUCCGCAACUGGAUGGAGGGGCUUGCAGCAGAACAUAUACCUAUUGUGACUCCCUAUGUUCCUUUGGUUGCUGGUUCAUCGGCAAGAUCAAUAGCCUGCGCAACAUGCUACCCUAUUGAGCUUGCUAGAACACGCAUGCAGGCAGUUAAGGACACUCAAAUCCAAAAGAAGCCUCCUGGAGUUUUUAGUACCCUUCUUGGAGUCCUCUCCAAUGUAAAGGGCACAAACCCUCAGAACAGUUCUCUAGGUUAUCGUGUCUUAUGGACUGGCAUGGGAGCACAGCUUGCUCGUGAUGUUCCUUUCUCUGGAAUUUGUUGGUCAACCCUUGAACCUGUGAGUUUCCAUUUGUUAGAACUUGAAACUCCUAUGGUCAUCUACUUCCUUCCUGCCACAAGUAACAUAACUUAUCAAAGGCCCGACAAAUGCAUUCCAAACUAAAUGGGACCAUUCAGGAGUUUGUUAGCAAGGCCUUAGAUGCGUACAUGAAAGAACGGGAAAAUCAAGAUUUCAAAUAUUAGUAAUCUUGGUCCAAGAAACCAAAUCUUGCAGCCAAAGCGCAUUGGAUCUCCGUUACGAGCAUCAACGAUUCAAUUUCAGUAGGAGAUGGAUCACAAGCUCAAAUUCUUGAAGGCAAGGCCCAAUAAGAAGAUUCCAAGCCCAAUCAAGAAAUCCACCCAUACUUAGUUGAAAAUCAGGCCAAAUUGUCAAAGUGGCCCAAGUUGUAAAGUUU